AGGAAAGAGGUGGUCCAGAAGCAGAGAGAAACCGAGUUUUUCGGGGGGAGACUUCUGAAGCUCUCCCCCAUCCCUGCCUCGGUCCCUUUAAGCUCCCCCCCAGCCACCCCCCCCCCCCAACACACACUGUCUUCAUCUCUCCAUUUCCGCGCUGCUGCUGCUACCGCCGCUGCGCCAUCCCGGACUGAGACACUAAGACUCCUGCGCCAGCAGUCAGGGGGCCCUGACUCCAGCUUCAGAGACCCUGUCCCAACGAUUGCAAACAUGUCGUCAGAAAAGUCAGCCCAGGCUGGUCUUGAACUUCCCAGUUCUUCACCCUUCCCCGGCUGCUUCACAAGUACAAGGAUUACAGGCAUGAACCACUAUGCCUAGUCCCAGAAGCUUUGUCAUGGACCUUAACGGAGGCCCAUGAGAUUCCCAGGUAACUCCACCUGAAGCAAAGUGGAAAUGUUAAACUGAGCGUGCAUGACCCCUGUGACACGACCACAUGUGCAGGAAGAGGGGACAGCUGGCUCAGAGACAACCCUGAAUGAGGGUUGUGGUUGACAGCAGCGGAGCCUGGGAGGAGCUGUGACAGUUGUGACGGCAAAACUAGAUUGGGGCCAGGUGGCCUACAUACAACCCCUUCCCUGACCCCAAAAUGGGAGAUGUCGUCUCGGCUGUAUCUCCCUCGCUCUUUCUCCAUCUCUUGCUGUCUCAUGUCUCUUACCCUUCUGAUCUCUGCUGUCUUCUCUCUCCCCUUAUCCUCUCCUCGGCUUUUCCAUGGCCAGGCCUUCCAGACUCGGUUCCCCACACUUCACCGCCGCCCUACAAUGCCCCCCAGCCACCGGCCGAGCCCCCCAUCCCGCCCCCACAAACGGCCCCAUCCUCACAUCACCACCACCACCACCAUUACCACCAGUCUGGCACCGCCACCCUCCCGCGCUUAGGAGCAGGUGGCCUGGCCUCUGCUGCGGCCAGUGCUCAACGCGGUCCUUCGUCUUCCGCCACGCUACCGCGGCCCCCCCACCAUGCCCCGCCCGGCCCCGCCGCUGGGGCUCCCCCACCCGGCUGUGCUACCUUACCCCGCAUGCCACCCGACCCUUAUCUGCAGGAGACUCGCUUCGAGGGUCCACUUCCCCCACCACCGCCUGCGGCCGCCGCCCCGCCCCCACCAGCGCCUGCCCCGACGGCCCAAGCCCCGGGCUUCGUGGUUCCCACGCACGCGGGGGCGGUGGGCACGUUGCCGCUGGGGGGCUACGUGGCGCCGGGCUACCCGCUGCAGCUGCAGCCGUGCACUGCUUAUGUCCCUGUGUAUCCGGUGGGCACGCCCUACGCAGGCGGGACCCCCGGGGGUCCUGGAGUGACCUCCACUCUGCCCCCGCCGCCCCAGGGCCCAGGAUUGGCUCUGUUGGAGCCCAGGCGUCCGCCACACGACUACAUGCCCAUCGCUGUGCUGACCACCAUCUGCUGCUUCUGGCCCACAGGCAUCAUCGCCAUCUUCAAGGCCGUGCAGGUGCGCACGGCUUUGGCCCGCGGAGAUUUGGUGUCUGCCGAGAUCGCUUCACGCGAAGCCCGGAAUUUCUCCUUCAUCUCCCUGGCCGUGGGCAUCGCAGCCAUGGUGCUUUGUACCAUCCUCACUGUAGUCAUCAUCAUCGCCGCCCAGCACCACGAAAACUACUGGGAUCCCUAAAAACGUCCCCAUCUCGGCCCCACUCCGUGCCCCCCAACCUCCCAGGCGCGUCGCGCAGUUCUGCCGCCUACCCAACGCGCGCCCUGCACAGCCUCCUGAGGCGCCGCUGGACGUCCAGACAUCAUAAACUCCGCCCCCACGGAACCUCUGGCCCAGAGAGUACGCUCAGUUCCUCAGGAACCCCUCUAACACCCACAUCCUCAGCGGCACUGGAAUCCGCGCCAAACCCCAAUCCUCCAGUCGCCCUAGUUUCCCACCCCAUCAAAGUGCAGUGCCAGGGGAGGAGCUCUCCUCGUCUCCUCUCCCCAGUAGGAGUCAGGUCCCAGAAGCCCUGCCUCAUCUAUGAGCUCCACCCCAACUCCCACAAACCCCGCCUCCAGGUCGGCAGGCCCCGCCUUCUUUUUCGUCUUUUGGGGUGUUCAGUCUGAUGAUUGGGUCUGUGAAUCCAGGCCCAGCUCACAUACAGACGGACUCAUUCCCCCUACCUCCCUAAAAGGACUCAGCCUUGGGAGAACUACACCCCCACUCUGGCUCGGAUUUUUUGCCAGUGAGGAUUUUUCUUUUCCCCCCACCCCAUCUCUGCCUAUUUUCUUGCUAAUUACAGAACUUCCCGUUUUGCUGCUUUUGGAGUGAGAUGUGGGAAGUUCCUGGUUUAGUACCCCUCACCCUGGAAAAAGAACCAAGUCCCUGCAAUGUAAAUACCCUUUCUACCUGUGCCAACCCCUGGUCAGUGGGGGCAGAAGAGAAUCCAGGGUUAAAGGGAGGGAGUCGACGCUCCCCGGCCCUCCCCUCAGCCCUAGACUUGUUUUGAUCUGUGUGUGCCGUGUGUGAACUUCCACGAGACAGUAUUAAAAACAUUUUAGUGGAUUUAUCA